UUAUCACAUCUAUGGGGAAUGAAGCAGCAAAGGCCAAGUACGAACAGCAAGCUCCUCCGUUUUAUCACCGGCCCUCCCACACAGACUGCAGGAUUUUGAGGGAGCAGUGGAUCAGAGCCAAGUAUGAGAGACAGGAGUUUAUACACGUCGAGAAACAAGAGCCUUAUUCAGCAGGGUACAGAGAGGGGUUUCUAUGGAAACGUGGUCGAGACAAUGGACAGUUCCUCAGUCGCAAGUUCAUUCUGUCUGAAAGAGAAGGAGCGCUGAAGUACUUCAACAAGCACGACGUUAGUCUCUGCUUCCCUCUCACACACACACAUUGUGUGCAGGAAAUGGUGGACUGGUUCACUGCGAUCCGAGCAGCACGGUUUCAUUACCAGAAGGUGGCAUUUCCUGGAGCUAAUGAUGAGGACCUGGUACCCAGACUGACAAGAAACUUCAUGAAGGAGGGAUUCAUGGAGAAAACAGGCCCAAGGCACACAGAGGGCUUUAAGAAAAGAUGGUUUACGAUGGAUGAUAGGAGACUAAUGUACUUUAAAGAUCCCUUGGAUGCAUAUGCACGCGGCGAGGUGUUCAUCGGCAGUAAGGAGAACAGGUAUACUGUGGUAUCCGGGCUGCCGCCCUCGAUCCAGGGAUAUCACUGGAAGUACGGGAUCACCAUUGAAACCCCAGACAGGAAGUUCCUGUUUGCUUGUGAAACCGAGGCGGAGCAGAAGGACUGGAUCGCAGCCUUUCAGAGAGUCGUCAACCGUCCCAUGAUGCCGCAGGAGUACGCAGUUGAGGCUCAUUUCAAGCACAAGCCUUGAUGCUGGCUGUAUGUGCUGUAUGCUGCAGGCGGCACAGACUGGACAAUGAACAGCUGUUCUGUCUCAUGAAGCGCUCCGGACCGAGCGAGUACCUUCCUACCUUGAUUUAGUACUGACUGGACUGUGCUGAAGACGUCUUCAUCGUGAGGCUUGUAUAACCAAAGCAGACGUCCCGGGUUCAGCCGUCAGCCGAGCUACUGUACAAAUAUGGCAUGUGAAUGUUGUCCAUUGCUCUUAAACAUAACAUUUAAUCUGUAAAUCACAAGUGCUAAACACCACGGUGCGUUCUGACUGAUGUUAUUUAUUGGAUUUUCCAUGCAAAUGCUGCUGUGAAGCUUAGAUGAUCCCCAGACACUACACAACACCACACCACUCCGAGUGUCUUUGCUGAUCAUCUAGGGCUUUCGUUCACCAUUACUGAUCAUUUAAAUGUGUGAAAACCAUGUUAGGACAGCUAUGUGAUCAGUAUAGGUUUCAUAUACUACAUACUACUUCUGGUGUCUGUGCAGGGUGCGUACUGUAUGUGUCCCUGCAGCACAAAAGCAGUGUUAAGUCGCUGGGGGAUAUUUGUAGCAA